CCAGCGACACUCAUGGCGGCUGCACCCGUCAGGCAGCGCUCCGGGCCGGGGGGACCCCGAGCGCAGCUUCCGCCCUGCUACUACGAAGGCUACCUGGAGAAGCGAGGACCGAAAGAAAAGGCAUCCAGGCGACUGUGGACAUGUCUGUGUGGGAAUUCUUUGUAUUUCUUCAAUAACGCCAAGGAUGCUCAUUAUGUAGAGAAGCUGGACCUCAGUGGAUUUGUGUCACUGAAAGACGACUGCAGCCGGGACAGGAACCUGGAAGCAGCCAGACUCAUCCUGCGCAUGAAGGAUGGAGAAACCAAACUCACUGCACCAAACUUGGAAUCAAGGGAGCUGUGGAAAGGUUUCCUCUACUCCGUCAUAGAUCUAAACGUCCCGUCCUGUCUCACGUUGCUGCCAGGCCAGCUGCAGAUGCUGAAGGAGGUGGUGGAUAAAGAGAGGUCCAGGCGGAGAACUCGCACCCCAACACGUGCUCCACCCUCGCCCCUCUCUGUGCCUUUAGUGGGCGAGAUCCCACCGUGUUUUCGGCCAGUGUCUCGAACAGAAGCUGAAGUCCUCUUAGAGAGACAUCCAGACUGUGGGAACAUGCUGCUCCGUCCAGGCAGAGAUGGGUGUUCGCUGGCUGUCACGACUCGACAGGACCUGAAUGGGUCAGUGUUCAGACAUUAUAGAGUAACUCAGAGGGAUCAGGGCGGCUACGUGAUUGAUGUGGAAAAUCCUAUCCCUUGUGCUACACUUCAUGAAGUUAUUGAUGCUCUUGUGGAAAAGACAGCGGGAACUCUACAACCAUUCCUCUUGGAGGAGCCUUAUGAAGAGAAUAUCACAUACGUUUCUGCCAAUGAUGAGAAUGGAGAAAGGAUCCUCCACACCGCCCCCACCAGCCCCCUGCCAAAGGCUCCUGCCCUGCCCCCAAAACAAGAUCGCUGGUGCAGCAGCCCCCUGUCCAGAUCCCCUGCCCCUGACCGUCGCAUUCUGACCUCAUCAGUGCCAGCCUCACCCACCAACCCAAUGAGACGCCUCAUCCUCUCCCCAUCACCUCUCGCACAGACACUCAAUGAGGAACUCAAAAUGAAGCUGGAGAAGAGACGGGCCAGUCAGGAGUGACUUAAUCAUAGGGAUCACCCUCCUGUUGGAGCAUCUUCACUCUUCAGUGCCAAACUCCUUCUCACCGCAGCUAUGUACUCAUCCUGUGCCUUCAAGGUGGAAGACAAGGGACUACAAAUACCGCUUUUUCAAAGGGAGAUGCAAAAUGCUCUGUUAUGUUUCUGGAUUUGUUCAUUGAAUAGACUCUUCAUCAGAUUAAGGCUGGAUGAUGAACACUAGACUGACACAUAAGAACUUCACUGCCCUCCUGGGCUGGAGCAACAACACGCUCGUAUUUUGUCCACUUUCAUAAAUCUGUUUACAAACUGUGCUGAGCAAAAAAGAAUAGUGCCACAAUGAAUGACACUCCUUCAGAAUAAAUUCCUUAUAAAGACAUUAAUAUGACAGGCAGCUGAGAUGCAUCCAAACAUGUUUGACAACAUCCUGAGCCUGAUAUCUGAAGACUGAGCAGCUGCUGAUCAAGAUUCCAGAUUGACAUCUGACGCCUGAGAAACUUUAUCUCCUCUGAACCUGAAAUGAGCCCAAUCAGGUUUCCUUCUCGCUGACAUAAAUACUGAGAAAAAAGAAAUAUGUGUGAAACCAGUUAAAGCUGGCCAUAAAAAAAGAACUAAAAAAUGCACAAUCUCUGUCUGCUGCUGUUUGUGGUUAAUAAGCAACCGUUACUGUAAUGUUCAUUCAAUGACACUGUGUACUGUUGGUGCUUAUUUUAAGGGAUUCCCUUAUUCUCUGCGAUUGUGUAUGUGCUAGUGUAUGGUGCUAUGACUCACCAGUGCUCAGACCUGCCCGGAGACUGCAGGUGAUUUCUUUAACAAAAUCAAACUACUGUAAAUUUAAAGGGUGCCCUCUAGUGGCAUGGCUGUCAACUUAAGAGUCAGAGACCUUAUCAGCACAUACUGGUACUUAACUCUUGGGAUGGGUCUUAGACUGUAGACUGAACCCAGCAAACACUUUAGGUUUCACCCUACCUCUCAGCAUUUUAUAAAAAAAAAUAAAACACCAUCAAAGAUCUCAUUAUCAAACAGUACUUCUACAUAGAUUUUUUUAAACAUCAUGCCAAUCGGCCAGUCCUUGCACAUGUGAAGCAUUUGAGUACU